AUGCCAGAGUCAGAUUUAUCAGAGGUCUCUGACUCCCAGAGCGUUACUUCCUCUCAGGAGGAAGCCCCAAAGGUGAGCCGUCGCAGGGCCCCUAUUAGCGACGAUGAUGAUGACGACGAGGAAGAUGACGACGACGAUGACGAAGGCGAUGAGGCCGAGGAUAUUUACGAAUCGGAAGAGUUCGAAGCUAUUGAGGAUAAUGACGAUGAUAUUGCUGAAGAGUAUCACCACGAAGAGGAGGUGGAACGGAAAAAGCCGGUGGCCAUCAAGCUCAAGUACACGCCAAAGGCCAAGGCGCCGCCUAAGAAGAAGCGCCUUCUCGAUGACAGCGAAGAAGAAUCAGAUUCCCCACCACGGAAAGCGCCAAAGUCACGUAGUGCACGGCCCAGAGCUGCGGCUGCUCCGCCAAAGGCGUUGACCAAGUCAAAUCCCAAACGGCAGUCUGCCCAGUCGGUCACAUACAAGGACGAGUACUCGGAUGGCGAGUUUGAAGACACGCCCAAUCAGAUCGACGAUGAGCUACUUCUAACGGAUGAGGAAAUUGUGUACGAUCCCUCCACACCUGACAUUUCCAAGAUGACGGAGCGGCAGAGAACCAAGUACUUCGAAGAGCAGGUGGCGGUGGAGGCCCCUAAGGAAAAGUUCCUCGCCUUGUCAAACGAUAUUAUCAAGAAAGUCAACUUGACGGAAGAUGAAAUCCAGCUCCGCCGGGCCGAGACUGCCAGACGCAGAAAGAACCAAAGCGAGAAGAAGUUGGAGGAGGAAAAGACCGAGACGUUGAACAAGCUUCUCAAGAGACGCGCGGGGAAGGUCAGAGAUUUGAAGAAAUUGGACGAGCAGAGCAAGGAUGGGGAGGAUUGGGAUCCGGACGAGGGCGAAACCGUGAAGAAGAGACCAGUAGUGAAGCAUGGAGCGUUAUUCCGGUGGGUGAGCAACCCUGAAGGGAUUCGGUUGGGGGUUCCGGAUGCGGCGAUAUAG